AUGAGAGCAGAUCCACUCGUGAGUGCUUUGAGAGCAGAUAAGAGCACUGCAAAGCCAUUCUACACAGCAAUUCCACAGGGAAUGAUGCUAAACAAGAGCUUUGACAUGAACACACUUGGAAUGACAUUCUUCCAGCGCACAUUGUGCUUUUUGGUAUGCUUGGGUUCAGGAAUGCUUUCUUUCCUAUACAGCAUGAUCAAAAUACUGCGAUUCUCACCUUCUGGAUUCAUAAUUCCAUACACAGUGUCCAACGUGCUGUUUUUUGCAAUGUUUGGAUUUCUUCUUGGAUUUAAGUCGUACUUCAAGAACUUAUUUUCAAAGAAGAAGCGUGCAUACACAUCAUGGUUUAUUUGGUCGACUGUGAUGACGCUGUACAUGGUGCUGAAGUACAAUACCUACGUGCUCAACCUGAUAUUCUGCCUUGCACAGGUGAUAUCAUUCCUUAUGUUUUCCUUGACUUUUAUUCCUGGAGGUGUAGACGGCAUAUCCACAAUGUUUAGCAUGCUUUUCAACAAGAAAUAA